AUGAGUGAAAAAAUCUGUCUUAAAUGUACCAAACCUGGUCAUACUGCUCGUCAUUGUACAACAAAUGAUACUGAUAGUAGUACUGAUAAUGAUUUUGAUUAUGAUGAUGACGAUGAAAUUUGUGCUUUAUGUUUGGAACCGAAAUAUAUGUGUCAAGUAGAACCGGAUCAUUUUUUUAUGCCUAUGAAACUAUUUUUAUCAGACUCAGACGACAUAUCUUCUCCAUUAAGUUUGAAUUUGAAAAUAAACAAAGGUUAUUUAAUCAAUCAACAAGUGGAUGUGAUUGUCGUAUGUUCAUCAUUAGAUGGAUUAAGAGAAUCUGUUCUUCGAGCAGCUGGUCCUUGUAUUCAAAAAGCAUAUGCAGAAGCUACAAGCAUACUGCCUAAGGAUAGUAUGAUUUCUAUUAAAUGUCCAAAAUUAACAUGUGAUCGAAUACUUUUCUUACCAUGGACACCUGAUGAAAAGAUUGUUUUUACAGAACAAACACUUAAAGAAUUUCUAUUAACAGCUGUCCAAUAUGUACGUGGUGAAAAUUAUACAAGUGUAGCAUUUCCUGCAAUUGGUUGUGGUCAAUAUGGUUUUGAUGCAGAUUUUAUUGCUCAAACAAUGAUAAAUCAUAUGAAGAUCGAAAAUUAUCCAUUGAAUAUUACAUUUACUAUUGGUCCUAAACUUCAUAAUAUAUUUUAUGCUUUUCAAAAAGCUAAAAGAUUUACUCCGGUUAUUGAUGCGUUACCAAAUACAUGGUCAUAUACUGAUAAUGUUGAUCAAUUACGUUAUCCAGUUGCUAAAAAUACACAAGAAUGGCGUACGAUUGUUCGAGAAUUUAAUACAACAAUGUCUGGAGCUUAUCGAAGAAUCAUUCGAAUAGAACAUAUUCGAAAUGAUCGAUGGCAUAAACAAUAUGUUAUACAUCGAGAAGAUUUCCAAAAACGUCUUGGUAUGAAUACUGAAAAAUUUCUCUAUCAUGGUUGUUCUGCUGUGGCUGCAGAUAGUAUUAUCAAAGAUUAUUUUAAUCGAAGUUUAAGUGAAGAAAAUGGGACAAAAUAUGGUUGUGGUGUUUAUUUCUCAUAUAGUGCAAGUAAUAGUCAUGUGUAUAGUAUUCCAAAGAAUCAUGGAGAACGAUGUAUGUUUUAUGCACGUGUUCUUGUUGGUAAAUCAAUAUUAGGUAAUGCAAAUAUGAAAGUUUGUCCAUCCGAUUAUCAUACAACGACUGAUGGUGAAGAUAUAUAUGUUACUUAUCAUGAUACACAAGCAUAUGCACAAUAUCUAAUACAUUAUGAAUGA